UCGGGAUGACGUUUUGGGUUGAAAAUUACACAGCAAUCCCAUGAUAUCGCGCGAUGGUGGAUGGAGAUGGGUUCGAGCGGCGGCACAACUCCUACACGAUCGAUGUCCGUGCCGUCAAAGCAGCUACUGGACGUACCCAGCGGGGGAGUCGCCACGAACGCAAUGGACGUGCUCUUCCCCACCCACCACCACUCUUUCCCGAUGGCUGGCGGUCCACAAUGAGAUGCAUCCCUUGUCGUGCGCACACAGUACCUUCCACGUCCAGUACACCGUGGCGAGGUACAUGUUGCAAGGCCACGGGACCAAAGGAAUAGUGCGGGCCAGCACGGCCGUAGAGUUGGACGGGGCGAACGCGGGCAUGGCGAGUGUUGGACAAUCCCCAUAAACUCGUCAAUUGGGGAGCGCUGGUGCGCGCCAGAGGACGGUCGUCGGGCCGAGAGCAUGGCAGACUCUCGGAUCUACCGCAUCCUCCUGUGCGGCCGCGGCAUCGACUCGUCCCCGCCAGUCGACUGUUUACUGUACUCCACGCCACCGCCCGUAA